AUGAGGCUCACGGACGCCUCACGUGGCCUAGCCCCGAUCGAUAUUACGUGCACGACAACUGUUGCGCCAUUCGCUCUCUCCCUCGCACAUAUGCCACGCGGUGAGGGCAGAACGGGACAGAUAAAAGGAUUCAAAUAUAAUUGCAUAGCGCAACAUUCACGCACUCGGCUAUUUCAUUCAAUCUUAUGUGAAACGAGAACGUUAGAUAGGGACGGGAGAUGCGGCAAGCGUUCCCGAAACGCUACAAAAGAGGUCGCUUGA